CUCAGAUGUGUGGGUUGUAUAAUAGUAGGUGGGGGGUCCAAUGGGGCAGAGAGGUUGGAACUGAUUCGUAGCUGAAUCUGGGAUUCUUGGUUGAGGUGCCCAGAAAGAACAUCUGCCCUAAGGAUUGGACGAUUCCUCAGGUAUUUCUUCUUCUGGACCAGUUCCUACGUCCUUUAUUUUUUCCACUGUUUUCAGUGUUUUGUCGACCACAUCAGUCAAAGCCCCACAAUAGGCACUCCGAUCUUAUUCCAGGCAUCAAGCUGUAGGAAGAAGGAGAGAGGAUAAGGCCAAACAGCUGCAGCAGUGGCUUUUGAACCCUUCCUAUGUUGACUUGCCUAUGAGAGAGCUCAUCACCUGAAGCCCUUUAAAAAUUGCAUCAAGAAGGUCAGCUAAUUAGACCAAGAAAAUGGGCAAUAGUUUUACUCGAGCUAUAUCCAAUGCUGUAAGCAUGCAAACCAGGGAGGCUAAUGCAACAGAACAAACAGAGCAUUUCCCCAUUAACUGUCGGGAUUCAAGCCUAAGUAAGUAGUAACUGGCAACUCUCCAGGCACCCAGCUUGAUCUCCUGUUGACCUCCCUGUCUGCAUUCCUCAGCAAGAUCCAGGCAGAGGUCGCGAUAGGCGAUCCUUCUCAGCGUGAGAAGAACACCCCCCUCUUUGUUGCCCCCCCCGGCAGGGGAAAGAGAUAGACAGAAACGUAUUUACAUGCCUUUAUUUCUGUCUUUGCAGUGUUACAAAAAACAUGACUGCUCUCUUCAAACUCCAGCAGUCGAGAGACAAACACUUCCUGUACUUCCUGUACAGCUCAUAUUACACUCUGAGCUAAUUCCGGUGCUUCGCACUGUGAAUUGACUGUCCCUCUGUUUCCCAUGGACAGUCCCAACAUCAUGUGAUGUUUUCAAGCUAGCAGCUCGCAGCUGCAUUGCUUCUAUAUCAUAUCAGUCUGCCAUCCGCCAACUCUCACCUGACAGCUUCUUAACUACAACCCCCACUCGUGCAGAGCUUUCCCCCUUGCAGAACUCAGCAGUGGGGAAAAUGGGUUCUGCAUGCAUUGGCUCUGGCUCCCUUACCGUUGGCCUUCCUGUCUUCAGCCCCAUCAGUCGUAAUGGGCACCAGCCACUACUGGCACAUACACAGACAAAUAAUAAUAAUUUUAAAAAAUAUUUAUACCCCGCCCUCCCCAGCCAAGACCGGGCUCAGGGCGGCUAACAACCAAUAAUAAAAACAAGUUGAUUGAAAUGCAACUUAAAAAACAAGAUUAAAAUACAACAUUAAAACAUCAAAACAUUAAAAUGCAUAAAUAAAAUCUAAGCUUAAGACAUUAAAAAUGAGGAGAGGGGCUUGGAAAAUAAUGAUGAUGAUGAUCUUGUUCAGAGCAUACCCAUUGGAUAGUAAUUUUUAUUUUUAUUUUUAUUUUAUUUUUUGGAGCACUGCAGCAAAAAAAUUGUAUACUGCUCAUCGUUUUCAUGGUCUGUAUCCAAUGCAAUAGGCACACAUAAAAACAGGCUGAUAAAUCAGGAUUGAAUAAGGCUCUGCCCAACUUAACCUCAGUCACCCUCAGUCAUCCUCCACCUGCAGGUCUCUUAAAACCAACCCAAUGAAUGAUACAGCCUGUAAGCCUCCUCCCACUGUGCUUUUGUCCCAAUAGAACUAAGUGUUGAAUGGAUUUGGAGUGUAGGUGGUUUGAGCCGACCUAGGACAGCUGUAGCAGGAUUCCUGUGUUGUAGGAUGUUGGACUAAAUGACUCUCAGGGGUCCCUUCCAACUUUACAGUUCUAUGGCAAAUGCAACUAGUGUUCCGUCUACUCAAAAGACCUUUCUUGAUCCUUUUGACCUUUCCCUGGAACUCAGCCUGGUAUUCAUCAUUGCCCAAAACACCUGUAGUAUGAACCAGCAGCAUUACAGAUAGGAGGAUGGGCCAGAACUUCAUGAUGGGUUGGAAUCGGAGUGUCCUCUUUCAGCAGCAGCAAAAAAAGGAAAAGAAAGAAAGAGCUGCUCUUUGCCUCUGCUGUGCCUGAGAUGGUGCUCUCUGCCUGCCUUAUAUAGCCUUGUUUGAGCUUCAAUGGGUGAUGCUACCCUACUUCUGGACUAAAGCCAAGGGCCUUUCAGAAAGACAAUUAGGCAGUUCAUGCUGGCAUGGUGAACACAGAGCUCAUUGCCCAGGCUGAGUGAAUUUCCUCGACUCUCUUCCUUGAUUGUGUCUCCAAUUCGUUCUGCUCUGGGUGCCACACACUUUGAUAAACUUUGAUAAAUUUCUGUGCACAGGUCAUGCCCAAUUUGCCACAGCUCCCCAGUCAUUUUCUUAUCUUGCCUCUCCCUCCUAUCUCAUCAAUAUGAAUGAGUACACUCAAGUCUUGGUUCCAGAGUUCCCAGAGGCAACUGGUUAGCCACUGUGAGAAUUGGAUGCUGGGCCAGAUGGACUUGAGCGACCAGGUUCUUCUUAAGUUCUGAUGGCAUGAAAGAGUGUGGAAGAUCCUACAUAGUGCUGUCAGAGAAACUCACGAGCAAUACUGUCAGGCUGCUGGGAGCGACUCCCGGCUGGUUGCCCAGGAACGUACAAAGACAAGGGAAUGUUUCUUACUAUCCGCUUUCUAUUCAAUAUUUACAGAAAGAGGCUAUAGAACCCAGCCUCUUGGAAAAUGGCAUUGAUCUGAGUGAAUCUCCACCCCCGUAUCUCUCCCACUUUCUCAUUCGUCUCUCUUAUGGGUGCUGCUAUGCACCCUCUGUCUUUGAGGUUUUGCUCUCCUACUUUCAAGGCUCGCCAGGUACUGGAAGAGGGGUGGGUGGGUCUGAAAUGCUUUCUAAAGACACUGUCCAUCAGCUGUCACCCCCCUGGUGCUUCCUCCUCCUCCUCUCCCAUUAUUUCCCAACUUUUCCCCUCAUCUGCUUCUGAGCAGAUUUACAACCCCUGUGGUAAAUCUAAACUGUCUUCCUCUUCCUCCUCCCUGGAAAGGUCAAGCUGGGGAGAUGGUCUCCACCAUUCCUCCUCUGCCCAGUCCUUGACACAUACAUUGCUACACAUUCAAAACAUCGCAUUCAAUGGUUGGAUAGGGAAGAUAUGAGCCCGGUUUCAAUUUUAAUGGAAGGCUAUAUAGAAAAGUACCUUGGGUAUGUGAUGAAAGAUCUCAGUACCUCCAAUGAUAGUAAAAGAGAGCCAGCAUGGUGCAGUGGUUAGAGUGCUGGGCAAGAACCUGGGAGAUCAAGGUUCAAAUCCCCACUCAACCUUGAAGCUCACUGGGUGACCUUGGGAUCAGUCCCUGCCUAACCCACUUCACAGGGACACGGGUGGCGCUGUGGUCUAAACCACUGAGCCUCUUGGGCUUGCUGAUCGGAAGGUCGGCGGUUCGAAUCCACAAGGAUGGAAAGGGCAGGCGCGAGGGAUGCAACGUCCUCCUUGCUCAUAUGGCAUUGCUGUUUUCCAAGCACACUGACCUGGUCUCCUUCAGUGUGCAGGAUUUUCUUCUGUGUACAGGACUUUAACAGAAUAAUGCUUUAAAGGGUUGCUGCUUUGUUUUUGUUUUUUUUUUAAAAAAGAAAUGUGAAUGGUAUGUUGUGUUCGACUAAGUCUGUAAACUGCCCAUUAGCUAUUUGAUAGUGUUCGUGUGUCUUGCUUGCUUAACAAUAGCAGUGUUGAUAUGUGUUGUGGCUCUGCCCCCAAACUUCUUCCAAAUCCAGAGCAGUGCAAGUGACCUCCAGGUUGGUUCAGGGCAGGGUGCUCUGAUUUGGAAACCACCAUCCCCACCCUGAUUGAUGCUAUGGGGGGUGGCUGUGUACAGUGCCAGAUUACCAAAUAGGCAGAGCAGGCACUAGCCUAUGGGCCCCAUGCCUUUUAGGGGCCCCACAACAAUAGAUCAAAAUUCCAACUCAACUUUAGGAAUAACGUUCUGGUGGAAAGAGCUAUUGGACAGUGGACUGGACUCCCACAAGAGGUGGUGGACAAUCCUUCAUUGGUGGUUUUGAAGCAGAGGUUGGAUGGCCAUCUGCCAGUGAUUAUUUAGCUGUGAUUCCUGCACUGCAAGGGGGUUAAACCAGAUGACCCAACUCUACAAUUCUAUGAUUCUAUGAAAACUAGAAUUAGUUGGAACCAUCUGUCCUUGCCUGUGGCUCCAGUUUCUGUGGGCCUCCCUGCCUUCUGCUCCACCAGUCUCAUGAGACACCAGCCGUGUAUCACACACAAACACAAAGCCUUUGCUUAAGGGCUCUUAAGAAUGUUGUGAAUCGCUUGGAUAAGUUUUUGUGCCACAAGUUUGUUAAUAGCGAUAAUACUCAGAAUAGAAAGAGUGUGCCUCUCACAAUCUUAUAUGAGCCUUUCCUGUACAAGCCACUGCUGAAUACAUUGUGGAGGCUUUGAAGGCCCCGUUCAUAGGAACACAAGAAGCUGCUUUUACCACGUUGUUUCAUCUGGUUCAGUAUUGUCUGCAUUGUCAGCGACUCUCCAUACCUUCAGACAGAGGACUAUCUAUGCACUACCUUGAGAUUCCAGAGAUUGAACUGGGGUUUUCUAAAUGCAAGGCAGAUGCUCUACCAUGCUUCCCAAAAACACACAUAUUGCAUUUAGCAUUGCUUCUACUCGCCUUGUUCUUAGUGACUGCAAGAAAAUUGAUUGCUGCCCCCAUCCUUGUCUUUGUCCUCAAUCUGCUCCUGCUCCUCAGACUUGCUCUUAUUCUUGUUCUUCACCUUGUGCUGACUUGAAAUGCUGACAUUUCUGAUGGAUCAGAAUCAAAGUGUCCUCCUUCGGAUGGCAUAGAUGAACAGAGGUGACAAAGAGCUGGCCCUUGUCGCUGCUGUGUCUGAGAUGGUCUCCUGGGGGUCUCCAGAGUCUGCCUGCCUGCCUCCUCCCACUCAGCCGCCCUACAGCUGGGGGGGAGACAGCAGUCAGACUGUUUGGGCAGCGCGGAGCCUGCGCAUGAGCAAGCCACCACAUCUCUCCCAGAAGAGACAUGUGGCUUGGGCGUGCUGCAGGCCUAGCGGUGAGUGCCACCCGGAUUUUGUCACCCUCCUCCGUGGUGACACCCGGGGUGGCCCGCACCCACCGCACCCCCUUCCUCUGCCCCUGUCUCUGCCUUCUUCAUACAGUCCUCUUUGAGAUGGGUGAUGCUAUCUGCUUCAAACUAAGUGAAGUUUAGUAAGGCAAUAAGCCAUUUCAUGCUGAUGUGGGGAACACUCAGCCCUUUGCCAGUGGAUUUCCUCGAUUCUCUUCCUUGACGGUUUCUUCAGUUCAUUCUGCUCUGGGUCCCACACUUCCCGAAUUUCACAAUUUCUGAGCUCAGUGAAGAAAUUGGCUCACACUCUUUGCAACAGCUCCUUUUCUUCUCUCUCUCUCCCCACCCCCACCAAUCUCAUAAAACUGUAUGUGUGCAUUCGAAAAAUGCUCCAAAAGGAAUAUCUUGAACCCACUGAAGCUACCAAUUUAUUUUAUUUUAUUUUAUUUUAUUUUAUAUUUUAUUUAUUUUAUUUUAUUUUAUUUUUUACAUCACAAGAGUCCAGUCUGGAAGUUACUAUAGCGGAUUUUCAAAUCCUAAUUAGAAACUCAUCACUGCAUUAUUGUUCCAAAUUCCACAAUGACUUUCUAAAAAUAAAAUAAAAAAUAAGGACAUUCCUCAUCUUAUUUAUAGAGGUAUAUUAACUUUUCAGCAGUAUCAUUAAUGGAUAGAGUAGCUCUGUUGUAGGAAAAGUAUGCAAGUUGCAUUGUGAACUUGUUUGGUUACUGGUGUGGAGUGACCAGUACUCAUGCAAUUGACCAAGCCUAAGUUAUUAUGUCCCCAACAGCCAUGUCACAGUGUUGCCUUCAGGAGGACUUUGAUUCAGAUGACUAAGCAGUCCUCAGUGCCCCUUUCUCCACUAUCCAGGCUUGAAGAGGUGUCUCUCCCAGAGCAGAAGAAAAGAAGAGCCUUCUGAAUCAGGUCAAUGUCCUAUCUAGUCCAGCAUCCUCUUCUCAUGGUGGCAAACCAGUUGUCUGUGGGAAACCCACGAGCAGGAUUUGAGCAUAAGAGUACCUUCUUCUCCUGAGGUUUCCAGUAACUGGUACUCAGAAGCAUUGCUGCCUUAGACCAUAGAGGCCGAGCCGAGCCAUCAUCACUAGUAAUAAUAAUUUAUUAUUUAUACCCCGCCCAUCUGGCUGGGUCCCCCCAGCCACUCUGGGCGGCUUCCAACAAAACACUAAAAUACAAAAACUUAUUAAACAUUAAAAGCUUCCCUAAACAGGGCUGCCUUUAGAUGCCUUCUAAAAGUUUGGUAGUUAUUUUUCUCUUUGACAUCUGGUGGGAGGGCGUUCCACAGGGCGGGUGCCACUACCGAGAAGGCCCUCUGCCUGGUUCCCUGUAACUUGGCUUCUCGCAGUGAGGGAACCACCAGAAGGCCCUCGGUGCUGGACCUCAGUGUCCGGGCAGAACAAUGGAGGUGGAGAAGCUCCUUCAGGUAUACUGGGCCGAGACCGUUUAGGGCUUUAAAGGUCAGCACCAACACUUUGAAUUGUGCUCGGAAAUGUACUGGGAACCAGUGUAGGUCUCGGCGGCCGCUCCCAGUCACCAGUCUAGCUGCCACGUUCUGGAUUAGUUGUAGUUUCCGGGUCACCUUCAAAGGUAGCCCCACAUAGAGCGCAUUGCAGUAAUCCAAGUGAGAGAUAACCAGAGCAUGUACCACUCUGGUGAGACAGUCCGCAGGCAGAUAGGGUCUCAGCCUACGUACCAGAUGGAGCUAAUAAACAGCUGCCCAGCCAUUGAUAGCCUUAUCCAGGGCCAUCUUAAGCAUAUCCGGCGCCGUGGUUCAAAGCUUCCUCCAGCGCCCCCUCCCCCCAUUUCCCAGAGUUGUCCACCUUUUUUCAGGGAGGCCGGCACUGGAGGAGGUGGGCAGCGGCUGGAGGGUGGCUCCUCCAGUGGGGAAGAGGCAGAGGAAGAGGCUGGACGUAGCGCCUCCCGGCUCAGAUGGCCGCUUCUUGCCGUGGUGGCCAUGGCAGACCGAGGCUCUGGUGUGGCACUGCUUCGGCACGGCAUGGUGGAGGCGGGCAUGGGUGGUGAGUUGAUACCGGGAGGUGCCACGUCCAACCUCUGCCUCUUCCCUGGUGCCCUUCAGAACUUGGCGCCCUGGCUUCCCAUGUCACUAGCCUCUAUGGGUAAGAUGCCCCUGGCCUAUCCUCCUCUAUGAAUCUGUCCAUUCCUCUUUUAAAGCCAUCUGUGUUGGUGGCCAUCGCUACCUCCUUUGGAAGGGAGUUCCAUGGUUUAAAUCUGCACUGAGUGAAGUAGUACUUCCUUUUAUCUGUCCUGAGUCAGUUGAUAUCAUGCAAGUUCAAUCCAAGCAAGGCAGAGAGCUUAAAAGCUCUUUACAUGUCAGGUCUGCUUCUGGUAUACUAGCACAUAAAGAGCUUUUAAGCUCACUGUUCAGCAAGUAAGGCCUGCAAGCAGGUGAUGGAAGUAUGGGGAGGCUUUUCCUUCUUUCUCUCUGUCCUCCCCUCCUAGCUGUGGGAGUGGCUGCAAGGGUAUUUGUGUACGAGAAUUUUGGGUAUACGUGGAACCCUUGGAAGGGAGGGAGACAGUUGUUUGUCAGGCAAUAGCUUUUUCCACCUGCCUUGCCCUAUUCUCUAGCCCUAGGCACCUUCAGAAGGCAGAGGCCCAGUAUACCUGAAGGAGCGUCUCCACCCCCAUCGUUCAGCCCGGACACUGAGGUCCAGCUCUGAGGGCCUUCUGCUGGUUCCCUCACUGGGAGAAGUGAGGUUACAGGGAACCAGGCAGAGGACCUCCUCAGUAGUGGUGCCCACCCUGUGGAACGCCCUCCCAUCAGAUGUCAAGGAAACAAACAACUCUCUGACUUUUAGAAGACAUCUGAAGGCAGCCCUGUUUAGGGAAGUUUUUAAUGUUUAAUGCUGUAUUGUGUUUUUAAUAUUCUGUUGGGAGCUGCCCAGAGUGGCUGGGGAAAACCAGCCAGAUGGGCAGGGUAUAAAUAAUAAAUUAUUAUUAUUAUUUAUUAUUAUUAUUUCCAUUCUGAAGGAAAUCAGCCCUGACUGCUCACUAGAAGGACAGAUCGUGAAGCUGAGGCUCCAAUACUUUGGCCACCUCAUGAGAAGACAAGACUCCCUGGAAAAGACCCUGAUGUUGGGAAAGAUUGAGGGCACAAGGAGAAGGGGACGACAGAGGACGAGAUGGUUGGACAGUGUUCUCAAAGCUACCAGCAUGAGUUUGACCAAACUGCAGGAGGCAGUGGAAGACAGGAGUGCCUAGCGUGCUCUGGUCCAUGGGGUCAUGAAGAGUCGGACCCGACUAAACAACUAAACAACAACAACAUUGUUAUUAUUAUUUGUGUUCUUGUCUGGCUGGGAUGUGUCCUCAACUCUGAUAAUGCCUCUUGGUUGCCUGGAUGGAGGUGUGUGUGUGUGUGUGUGUGUGUGUGUAAUCUAGCUUAGUCUGUAAAGGUAAAAUCAUAUGGUCACCCAGAAGGAAAUGCAGCCAUCGGGCUGAGAAUGGUCUCCCCUUCCUUAAAGGCAGACACUGAAGCAAGCAAUGUGGGAAUAAACAGACUCUCUUUAUUAAGUACACAAAGCAAAAAAAAUCAGUUAUCGAAAGCCUUUUUUGCUCCUGCUACCACCAUGAUUAAUGAAUUAAUUACAUGACCGUUCAUUUAUACUGUAUAAAUUUAAAGAAAUAAUAUUAUAUUUGCAUGACAUUCAAUUACAUUAAAAGGCAUGGCUGUCCGUUUAGGACGAUACAGAAAUGGGUGUUGUACGUAGGUGUCUAUUAAACAGCUCUCCUUAAGCCCCCUUUUGUGCCACGGCUGUGACGAGUGGAUGCAAAUUGUGUGGCUGUGGCCACUCCUCAUCUUCCCCUGCAGAGGGUACAAAAGCCAAUUGAGAUAGGGGGCAGAGUGGGCUCACUUCAUUGCAGUGUGUGUUUGUGGAAGUGAAGGAAGCAGCUUCCGCCCACCCUCAAUAACAGGAGGAAUCAUAAUCAAUAAGAACCGAGAGUCUCCGAUGUGUGGGUGGCCCGGUGGAGGAAAGAGGUCGGGGUUCAUCUUGAGAUCUAUCUUUGAUUCCACAAUGCUGGCAAAAGUACCAAAGAGUCACAUCUGCACAGUUCAGAUACAAGGUGUUUUCUGUUUCAUGGGCUUGUUGGUUGUCCCUCACUCUCAAAUUUUAACCAAAAUACAUUACUGAAUUUCGCCUUUGCACCUCGGACUAGAGCUGCAAAUUUCGCUUUUGCCCCUUUGGCCAAGUAUUUUGCAGCCUCUGCUGAUGCUGACAUUGCUUUGCUCAUCUGAUUGGAGAAAGAAGAAGGGAUGUUGAGGCCUGAUUCCAUCAGCAACCCUCCCUACGUUGACCUGCCUGCCUGGGGACCCCUCCCCCUGAACCCCUGUUAGAAUUGCAUUUGGAAGGUCAGUGUGGUAGGCUGAGAAAAGUGGUCGCGGGCUCCUUUGGGAGCUGGAUUCUGCCAAGGCCUGAUUCAAAUCAGGCAUAUGUGGAUGCCCAUGACUCUCAGGGCAGAGUAGGCUUCAGGCAGGAAGGUGAGGCAGAACCUCUGAAACACUUACAGAGGCAAGCCCUGCAGAGAAGCCCCUUGCAUAGGAAUGGCAUGGACAAGGCAAGAUGGGCGCCUUUUUCCAAACAGCUUGCAAAGGUGCACAUUUCAAAAGUGAUUCCCCCCCCUACCUUUAGUCAGUUGUGGGGAGGCAGAAGCCCCGAACUACAGUGGAACGUACUAGCUCAGAAGGUGGCAGACUCUCCUUCCUUGGAGAGUUUCAAACAGAGUUUGGAUGGCCAUCUGCUAGGGGUGUCUUAGCUGCGAUUCCUGCAUCGCAGGGGGUUGGACCAGAUGACACCUGGAUUCCCUUCCAACUCUGCAGUUCUAUGAUUUUAUUAUUCUACUGCAGGAACAAAUCCAGGACAGAACAAGCAGUUGCUUGGGAAAUGACUUAUAAUGAAAUUGGGCGGAGGACCAGAGGCAUUCCUUUAGGGAAUGGUACAGACAGAGGCUCCCAGGGGCCAGAAGAGCACAUUUAUAUAUGCAACUACAGCAACUCAGAUUUUGUAAGCUCAGAAAUGGAGGAUGGGAGAGGUCCCAAGGAAGGAGGAAUGGCAGCUAAAAAUGAUGGUGUAUGCAGAGUUAGCAGGCUUAACUAGCAGGGUAAGAGAACAAGAUGAUUGAGUUUAUAAGAGGAAUGAUUUUUGUGUGUGGAAUACGUGGGAAAUAACUGAAAGCAAGUGAAAACAUGAGCAAGAUUAAUGUGAAUUCAACAGUUACAAUUUUGUUUGAGGUAACAUGAAAAGGAGGGGAAAUUAGAUGGUUGGAAUAGAAUAUGCAGUAAGAAUGGGUAACUUAAAAGAACCAUGGAAGGAGAAGAAGGGAAGUUGGUGUAUUAUUUUGUUUUAUUGGUGGGUGUUUAUUUGUGGAAACUCUAUAACUGGAAACUUUAAUAAAAAAUAAUAUCUGAUAAAGGCCAAGUAGUUGCCAGAUUGGCCCAGGGCCUGAUUCAGACCCUGCCUGGAUUGAGGCCAUAGGGCAGAUGGGAGGCAAGAGCUGUGAACACUCCUAGGAUCCAGCCCUACCUAAGGAUUCUGUGGGUAGGACUGGGAUUUUCUGGAUGCAAAGCAAGCAGCACGACCGCUGAGCUCCCAUCCUUCCCCAAACUCAUCAGAACUGCAUGUAGAAUUGCCUGUACCAACCUGCUCCUUGAAUUUUUCAAAGUCACUUUUCUCUUCCACUUUAGCUGUGUGUCUCUUAGCUGUGUUGCUCUUAGCUGUGUCGCUGUCAUCCUCCUUGCCCUGAACCGAAAUGCUCAGAGUCAAAACCAGCAGUGCUGCAGAUAGCAGGAUGGGCCACAACUUCAUGAUGGGUCAGAUUCGGAAUUCCUCCUUCGGCUGGCAGAAAGGAAUAGAGGUGAGGAAGGGUUGCUCCUUGUCUCUGCUCUGCCUGAGGUGAAGCUCUGCGUUCCUUAUAUAGCCCUUGUUGAGGUCUGUUGAGUGAUGCUACCUAUUUCUGGCUUCAAAUCAGAAAUAGGGAGAGCAAUUGGCCAUCUUGUGUUGGGAACACUGAGUUCCUUGCCAGGGCUGAAUAGAUUUCCUCCAUUCUCUUCCUUGACUGUUCCUCUGGUUCAUUCCACUCUGGGCCUCACCCUUCCUGGGUUAGACAUUUCUGAUAUUGACUCCAAAUCUGCAUCAUGCAAAGUUUGCCACAGCUCCCCAGUCCUUUUGAAAAAAUAAGCAAUGUUGCUUCCCCAACAUACUUAAGAGGUACAUUAACUUUUCAACAGUCUCAUUAAUGGGUACAAUAACUCUGCUGUAGGAACAGUAUGCAGGUUGUAUAAUGUGCUUGGUGGGUACAGGUGUGGACUGACCAGGACACUGAUGCAAGCCUAACUGCAGGACGUGGGUGGCGCUGUGGGUUAGCCAUGCUGGCCACAUGACCUGGAAGCUGUAUGCCGGCUCCCUCGGCCAAUAAAGCGAGAUGAACGCUGCAACCCCAGAGUCGGCCACAACUGGACCUAAUGGUCAGGGGCCCCUUUAACUUUACCUUUACCUUUACCUGAGGUGGACUUGGAGUUAUAUGACUCCCAAGUCCUCAGUGUCCCCCUUUCCACAAUCCAGGCACUAUGUACAGACAAAAGCAUAAUGACGUCCGUUCUCUCCAGCUCCGAGAGAACAAACAGGCACAAGUAAAAAAGUACAUACAGCGGAAGAGAUAAGACUGUCUUCCAUUCCCCACACUCUUCUCAGACAGGCAUGUGAUUUACACCAAUCACAAAUGCAGCAUCGGAGGAGGGAAAUUGCUAAAAAAAACUUUCUCCUGAAGCAUCUAUGCCCUCCCAAAAGAGUCAUCUGCAACCCUUAAAUAGCCCAUGGCUGAUUCUGUAGUUACAGCCUCCUGUCCAGUGGUGCAGUAGGGGAACUACAUGGAAAGAGAUGCUGAGAGCUGUUCUCCAAAGGAUUUGGAAGGCAGCAUAUUGACUAAAUCAGCCCCAAAGCCUGAAAGAGUUCUGCUACUGUUCUACUGGGGCUUGGCACUCACCCCGGAGGUGGGAGCAAUUGUGAGAGGUUGGCAAGGAAAGGCAAAUCAGGAUCCUACAGAUCUCUCAAUGGGCCCUGCUAGCUGAGGCAUGGAAGAUGUUGCUCAGAAAAGAGCAAGAGGCAUAUGAAGGCUUAAGAGGGCUGCGGAGGCUUUCCUCUCCUGUGGAGGAACCCCCUCUGGGAGAGCUGUCUGCGAUUCCUAAAAAGCAUCCACAGCUAAUUCUGCAGUCACAUCCUCCUGCAUGUCUGGAGCAGGCAAAGCUACAAGUGAGUCAUUUUGAGAGUCUGAAGAUAGUGAAAGAGCCACGUCCUCAAAACUGGAUAGUGGAGAAGGCGUGACUAAGGUCUUGAGAGUCAUCUAGGUCCAAGUCCUCCUCAGGGCAACUUUGCCAUAUGGAUGUUGUGGACAAUAUAAGUUAGGCUUGGUUAACAGCAUGUUUCACUGUGUAGGUCACUCCCCACCAGUAACCUACCAAGCUCAUUAAACAACUUGCAUACUGUUCCUGCAGCAGAGCUGUUGUACUCUUGGAAAAUUAAUGUACCUGUUCAAAACAUUCUCAAAAGGUACAGUACUUUCUCUGCAAAAGCCAUUGUGCAGCCUGGAGAUUGGAACAGCAACAAGGUGAUAAGCCUUAGAUAUCUCAACAGAGUUGCUGUACUCCUUCAUGUUGAAAAGUUAAUGUACCUCUUAAGUAUACCUCUUAAGUAUUCAUUUUUGGACUGGAACAGAAUUUUGGGCUUCCUGACUAAUGGAAUAAUAGACUCACCAGGUGCUCUCUGAAACCUGGAGUCAGACGAGAUGCUUAAGGAAGUUGUUAGCCACCUCUCAAAGAAAUAUUUGUAAUGUUAACAUUGUAAAAAAAGAGAUUACAGCCAUAAUCUAUCAUGUGAAAAAUCCCGCCGCCCCCAAACUAUUGCCUCUUCUCUGAUGGGGAAAUGAUUUUUAUUUAAUGUUGGAGCACCUUAUACAAACGGGGACGCGGGUGGUGCUGUGGGUUAAACCACUCAGCCUAGGGCUUGCUGAUCAGAAGGUCGUCGGUUUGAAUCCCCGCGACGGGGUGAGCUCCCAUUGCUCAGUCCCUGCUCCUGCUAACCUAGCAGUUCAAAAGCACGUCACAGUGCAAGUAGAUAAAUAGGUACCGCUCCGGCGGGAAGGUAAACGGCGUUUCCGUGUGCUGCUCUGGUUCACCAGAAGCGGCUUAGUCAUGCUGGCUACAUGACCCGGAAGCUGUAUGCCGGCUCCCUUGGCCAAUAAAGUGAGAUGAGCGCCGCAACCCCAGAGUCGGCCACAACUGGACCUAAUGGUCAGGGGUCCCUUUACUUUACCUAGGUCAGUGGCUAUCACUGCCUCCUGUGGGAGUGAGUGCCAUAAUUUACCGUAUUUUUUGCUCUAUAAGACUCACUUUUUCCCUCCUAAAAAGUAAGGGGAAAUGUGUGUGCGUCUUAUGGAGCGAAUGCAGGCUGCACACCUAUCCCAGAAACCAGAACAGCAAGAGGGAUUGCUGCUUUCACUGCGCAGCGAUCCCUCUUGCUGUUCUGGCUUCUGGGAUUCAGAAUAUUUUUUUCCUUGUUUUCCUUCUCCAAAAACUAAGUGCGUCAUAUGGUCUGGUGCGUCUUAUAGAGUGAAAAAUACGGUAAUUAGCAAUUCGCCAAUGGUUAGAUAGCAGAACAAUAACUCAGAUUUGUUAGGAGACUUGACAGCUGAAUCCUGUUUAUCAGAGGGGCCUUGAAGAUUAAAGCAUUCCCACAGACAACCAGAUUCUUUGAGUUAUAAAUUAACCAGAUAACCCAUUCACACUGAAUCCACCAGGACAGCCAGGUGUCAAGAAGCACAAAUCAACUAGAAACCCCCUUUCCUACUAAGAAAGGAGACACCCAAUUUACACUUCUGAAGACAAAAAUUCGGCAAUUAAAGAACCAGAUACACUUUCCCAGAAUUCUAUAGUGUUUGGCUCUCCCAUAAUGCUCUCCUUUGGCAUGAGCCAAAGUUUUAACUUGCUAAAAGUUCCAAACUUCACUGCAGCCUGUUUCAGUCACUCACACAGGGAUACUAAAAACUUAGAGUAGAUGGAAUUCAACUGAACAGUUCUGCUUGCACUUUUGGCUGUGCAGCAGAAAUUCCACUCCUUUCCUUGCACAUUCACCAAAUAGGUUCUGAGCUUCCCCCAGUCAAAUUUAGGGGAUACUUGAGAAGAGGGGAGGAAUGUUCUGCCGUGCAGCAAGAAGUGCUCGUAUUAGUGGAACUGUGUAGUUUAGUUGGAUAUUGUCCCCAUUGCUGAACUUGCUAUAUGCAAAAUAUUGGUUUUUAAAUGGCCAAGUGCAUGCUUAAGAUAUACCAUAUUUUUCGCUCUAUAGGAUGCACUUUUCCCCUCCAAAAGUUAAGGGGAAAUGAGUCUGCGUCCUAUGGAGCGAAUGCAGGCUCCUUGGCUUCAGUGACAGCAAUGCGAAGCCUCCGAAGCGCAGAGGGACCCCUCUUGCUCUCCAGGCUUCACGGAUAGCCGCCUGAAGCCUUCGGAGUGCAGUGGGAACUCGCACUGCGCUCCGAAGGCUUCAGGUUCCUUUGCUGAAGUUGGGAGAGCAGGACUCUCCUGGCUUCAGCAGAGAGAGAGAGAGCUGCAGAGAGCCCCUUCAGCGAAGCGGGAGGAGAAAUGGAAGGGGCUCCAUUUCUCCUGCCGCUUUGCUGAAGGGGCGCUGAGCAGAGAGGGGGAGAAUUUUUUUUUCUUGUUCUCCCCCCCCUAAAACAAGGUGCGUCCUAUGGUUGGGUGCGUCCUAUAGAGCGAAAAUACGGUAACUAUCCACUGCAUGAAGCAGUUCUUCCUAUUACUCAUCCUGAAUCUUCUGACAUGCAGCUUCAGUGGAGGCCCAUGAGUUCUAGUAUUAUCAGAGAGGGAGAAAAGCUUUCCUCUGUUCACUUUCUCCAUGCCAUGUGGAAUUUUAUAAGCUUCUAUCAUUGUCACCAGUCAGGCUUCAGGGAAUCCAAUCCCUCCCACAGUAGGCAGCCAAGUAUUAGAUAAACAAGGAGAAUUCUUACCAAGUCUUUUAUACAAUACAGUGGUACCUCAGGUUAAGUACUUAAUUCAUUCCGGAGGUCCGUUCUUAACCUGAAACUGUUCUUAACCUGAAGCACCACUUUAGCUAAUGGGGCCUCCUGCUGCUGCCACACCGCCGGAGCACGAUUUCUGUUCUCAUCCUGAAGCAAAGUUCUUAACCUGAAGCACUAUUUCUGGGUUAGCGGAGUGUGUAACCUGAAGCGUAUGUAACCUGAAGCGUAUGUAACCCGAGGUACCACUGUAUUCACAGAGAGAGAGAUAGCAAUGCCAUCUUUCUUAGAUAAUGGCGUUUCUCCAAGUUAAGCCCCACCCCUCCAUCUCUCCCCUUAUACGUCAUUCCUACGGUGGCUGAUCUGUGCCUUCUACCUCUGAGCUCUCUGCUCUCCUACUUCCAAUGACCUCCAGGUUCUGGGGGUGGUGGUGUCUGGCAUGCUUACUAAAGAUACUGAGUCUGUCAGCUGUCUCUCCCCUGGUGCUUCUUCUUCUUCCUGCUCCUCUCCCAUUAUUUCCCAGCUUCUCUCCUCCUCUGCCUCUGAGCUAUGCCCUCCCGCAGACCACUGACUUCCUCUUCUCUGGAAAGUUCAGGAGGAGGGGGAGGCGGUCUCCACCAUUCCUCCUCCACUGUCCAGUCCCUGACAUCACCUCUUACUCACUUUUUCUAUGGACCCAAAAGUCCCAAAUGAGGCAACCUUUGCUUGUAGGGGAGUCACUUUAUUCCCUUCCACAUUUUGGCUGCCCUUUUCUGAACCAUCCUGAAAACCAACUCCAAAGAUUCUCCUCUACUUAACUUGCUGAUCUACAUCAACAAAAUUGAGCCUCCAUCCAAACACAAGUUGUUGGGUUUCCAGGAAGAGAGAAUGCUCUUGUGCUCAGGUCUGGCUUGGCCCCUGUGAAGAUGGGAUGCUGAGCUGCAUGGGCCACUGGCCUGAUCCAGCAGAGCAUUUCUUAGGUUAUUAUCACCCUAGUGGCAGUGGAAAUGUUGUGGGAUGGGGAAAUAGAAGGGAACCCCUGUUCAGUACAGUUUUUCUUCCCCUAAUUGGACAGGGAAUAUCUGAGCCAUGACAGCCUCAUAACCGAUUAGGGCCCCAGCAAACUCUGAAACUGGCCACGUGGAAAAGAGAUGUCUGCCAAGACUAGUGGUAAAUGGUGUUCCAAAUAACAUUGUUCCUGCUCCUUAGCCAACAAUACCUUACAACCCAAGCCACUCCUGAUUAAAAACAAACAAACCAGCUGAGUGGCCGGGCACAAACCCAGAUUCUUCCUUGCUCAUGAAGGAAAGGGUAUAUAAAGAGCUGGUGCCAUCACCUAGGACAGAACAGACCAAAGGAGAAGCUCUUCCACUCCAUUGACCAGCGUGAAGCCAUCAUGAAGUUCUCCAUCACCCUCUUUGUUGCUGUGUUGCUGAUCUGGUCCAUUAUAGCUCUGGAUGAGGUCCAGGCUGAGGAUUCAGCCCAAGGCAAGACGGUAAGUAGAAGAAUAUAAGGAGAGCCCUGAAGCUGGAUCAGGCCAGGGGUCCAUCUAGUCCAGCAUCCUCUUCUCACAGUAGUCAACUGAAGGAGAAGCCCACAAGCAGGCCCUGAAGGUAACAGCCACUCUCCCUGACACUUGGGAUUCCCAGGAACUGAUAUUAACAAGGGGUCUCCAUCCUGUUGCCAAGGAGUUGUCAUUUGCUGUUUCAAACUGAACAUGGCCAUCCAAGGGGCCUCCAAUGUGCUCAGGUCCUGCUUGUGGGCUUCUUGUGGACUUCUGGAUGGCCACACUGGGAACAGGAUACUGCACCAGAUGGGCCUUUGCUUGCUGUCUAGUGGGACUCUUCUCAGAUCUCCUAAGACACAGGGUGGUAUCCAAUGCUUGUCCUCCUCAGAGUAGACUCAUUGAAGUUAAGAGGCAUGGCUAUCUUAGGUCCAUUAACUGCAAGGAAUCUACUCUGAGUAGGGUCUUCUCUGAGUAGGACUAGCACUUGCUACCAGUGGCAUCUGAACUGAAAUUGUUUUCAGAUGUUGUUAGAUGAGUUAAUUCAUUUAUCUCUUGUUUUGUUUGGUGCCCCAGAGGAAGGGCAGGAUAUAAAUAUAAUUAAUAAUAAUUAUGGUAAUGGUAAUAACAACUAAAUCUCAAAAACUCAUAUAAAGCUGCCCUCUGCCAAGUCGAACAAUUGGUUCUUCAAUGUUAUCUAUGAAUUGACUGGUUGUAGCUCUCCAGGGGUUCAGUCAGGGCUCUUUUCUAUCCCCACCUGCAGAUGCCAGGGAUUAGGUAAAAGGUAAAGGACCCCUGGAUGGUUAGGCCCAGUCAAAGGCAACUAUGGGGUUGUGGGGCUCAUCUCGUUUUUCAGCCCAAGGGAACUGGCAUUUGUCCACAGAGAGCUUUCUGGGUCAUGUGGCCAGCAUGACUAAACUGCUUCUGGUGCAACGGAACACUGUGAUGGAAACCAGAGCACACAGAAAUGCCAUUUACCUUCCCUCCACAGUGGUACCUAUUUAUCUACUUGCACUGGUGUGCUUUCGAACUGCUAGGUUGGCAGGAGCCAGGACAGAGCAUCGGGAGUUCAUCCCGUCACAGGAAUUUGAAACGCCAACCUUCUGAUUGGCAAGCCCAAUAGGCUCAGUGGUUUAAACCACAGUCUUUGGUACCUUGGACCUUCUGCAUGCAAAGCAGAUGUUCUAACACUGAGAUUAUUAUUAUUAUUAUUAUUAUUAUUACCCCGCCCUCCCUGGCCAAAUCCAGGCUCAGAGCAGCUAACAUCAAACGUAUAACACAUUAACAUAAAAUCAGGCAAACAAUUGAAAUACAUCCUAAAAUCAGAUCAGGAUCAAAAUAAAAUCCAAUCAGAUGGCAACCCACAGAUUAGGGUUGGAGACCUUAAGUGCUCACCAGGCCCAACUGUUUCUGCUGAACUUAUAUGGGUCUGUGAGAAAAAUUGAGAGGCCACUUUCAUGCAAGUUCUUAUGAAAGGGGAGGAGGAGUCAGACUGAACCCUGACCAAAGGCCUGGCAGAACAGCUCCGUCUUGCAGGCCCUGCACAGAGAAGUCAAAUCCUGCAAGGCCAUGGUGUUUUGUGACACAGUGUUCCACCAGGCUGGGGCCCUGGCCGAAAAGGCCCUGGUCCUUGUCAAGGCCAGUCUAAUCUCCUUGAGGCUCGGGACCUCCAAAAUGUUUUUAUUUGUGGAACGUAAGGUCCUCCGUGGGGCAUACCAGGAGAGGCGGUCCCGUAGGUACGAGGGACCUAGGCCUACAUUCCUUCCCUCAAACUCAAGUACAAUCCUAGUCUUUGUGGUUCUCAUAAAGGGGUGGUUUAAAGAGAAACAGAGGAAGCUGCCUUAUACUGAGACAGUCCAUAUAGCUCAGUAUUGUCCACUCUGAGGAACAAAAGAUCUCCAAGGUUUAGGACAGGAGACCCGGCAAGUACACCUGGGAAUGCCAUUGUAGAUUGAAUUUGGGCCUUUUGGCCUGCAAGGUAGAUGCUCUAACACUGAGUACAGUUUGCAGUGGAAGAGGAUAGUCUCUUCCACUCUUGACCAGAGGGACAAAGGUUCCACUUCAGACUUGUAACGCGAGGAAGGGUGUCUGCAGAUGCUGGGUCGUAAUAUCAACUAUCUUCUCUUUGCUACCAACAGGGGGCAUUGAACAAUGUGAUUCAUACAAUCAGGAAACGUACCCCAGAGGCAAACAGGAAUGGAGUUGAGGCAGCCCUUCUUUUGAAAGGGGUAGUUAAUUCUCUCUCAAAUGCUGACAAGCCUAAGGUAUAUCAGCCUGCACCAGACCACCCAGUAGCUAUGUCAUAGCAACAUGUCCUUCCUGCCUGCUGCUGGCCCUCCUCAAGGCACCUCCACUUCUGCAACCAGACCCUGCGAUGCUCCGGUUCAUUUUGAUCUAACCUCCAACCCCUCCCUCCCCCCCAAGAUGCUCAGAGGUUCAGCACAUGAUCUUCAAACAUCGG